ACGAAGGCGGGCGGUUUGUCACGUGUCCUCCGCGCGGGCGAGGCAGGUCUGAUCAAUGUAUGUCUGCGUCUGCCGGGACUUGGUGCCCACCGAUCCUGGAUCGCGGCUGCCCACGUGAAGGCCAAGGACAGAGGCAUGCUGCGGCACCUUGGAUUCUGGGCUUCGGGGGGAGGGGACAGAAAGCGGCCUUUGCAGCAGCUGGCCUUCGGGGGAGUUUUAAGCAUCUAGGUUAGCCAGCUCCUUGGACAUACUGGCUGCAGCCGGGACCCUCAGCGGGACCUGAGGAGCCUCGCUGCGUAAAGAGGCGUCUUGUCCACACGGCACCCACAAUGCUUUGCCGCCGCGAUGGUCUGCAGGUUCCCUCGAGAUCGGGGAGGGGGAGGUGCUGGUUCUGUUGGUCUCAGCGUAGUGCCAGCGCGCUAGAUGCGGAAGCAAGAUUUACGCCGAUAAUAAACAGUGCAGCUGCCCUGAAUCAGGCUCGGGGGUUUGGAAGCAUUUUUGUGGCCAGAAUCUCGAACUUGUGGCUUUGUUCCACGUAGUCUGAACCACCAGGGAGACUGGGAGCUUGCUUUCUGCACCCUUAGGACCCUGUACACAUUCGUCCCUCGCCCCUCCUCUCCCCCCCCCCCCUUGUGCGCACAAAACGCAGCAGUCUUUGGUUUAAAACUUGGCAGGUGAAAUGACCUGGAAAAGAUGCAAAUACACUUUUCUCGAGAGCCUUGUGGGCCAGGCAUUCAAGAAGGGUCCUUUUUACUGCCAGAGAGACAGAGCAAAAAGACAGACCAGCAGAUGAUUGGUGAAGAAACGCUUCAAAUUUCUAAAAUUAGUACAGCAGGUUGAUGAUAGCAUCCUUUAUGAGUUGUGAGAGACGGUGUGUAAUUUUUCUUAGUGUGACAUAUAAUCUGACUAAAAAGGCUUACAUGUUAUUGGGGAGAACUACAGGAACGUUUCAGGAAGAAAAUACAAACUUCUAUAGCCCCACCUGCUUUUUAUGUUACCGAGGUAGGGGGUGUUACAGGAGAGAGAGCUUCACUCUCGCUCAGGGCAGUUUUAACAGACCACUCAAAAAUAACAGCCUUCUGUGUGAUGUGUAGGGAGCCCUGUUGGUGCAGUGGUUAAAGCCCUGGCUGCUAACCGAAAGGUCAGCACUUGGAACCCACUUCUAUAAAUAUUUACAGCCAAAAACCCUAUGGGGCGGUUCUACCCUGUACUACAGGGUCGCUGUGAGUCAGAAUUGACUUGACAGCAAUUUUUUUUUUUUUUUUGUUAGUGUGUAGAUAGUCUUUUAGUAGAAGCAGGAGGGUGGGAAGGAAGACUCCGCACUAGAGCUUGAGCUCCACGAGAGCAGAGAGGUUCACGCAGUCCCUGGUGUACAGUGGGGAAUGACCUGUGAGUGAGCCAAGGAUUGGGCAUGGGGCCUGGAGCAAGAGCUGACCCUGAUUACCUCACCGAUUUCCUCAACUCUUAUUUCCAAAGAGGUUAUGUGUAUACAUAUGUGUAUAUAUACACACACACAUAUGUAUGUAUAUAUAUAUACAUAUAUGUGUGUAUGUAUAUACACACCUAAAAAAAGGAAAAAAAAAUUCAAACCUGUUGCCAUCGAGUCGAUUCUGACUCAUAGUGACUCUAUAGGACAGAGUAGAACUGACCCAUAGGGUUUCUAAGGAGAGGCUGGUGGAUUUGAACUGCCUUCCUUUUGAUUAGCAACCAAGCUCUUAACCACUGCACCACCGGGGCUCGCUCUCUCCCCAGAGAGAGAUCUGGGCAGCGUAAGUGGUGCUGGACUGCUAAUUGAAAGGUUGGCAGUUCAAGCCCACCCAGGAGUUCUUUGGAAGUAAGGCCUAGCAGUCUGCUUCCAAAAGAUCACAUCCUUGAAAGCUGUGUGGAGCAGUUCUACUCUGCACACUUAGGGUUGCCAUGAGUGGGAAUGGACUCAACAACAACAAAUACACACACGCACACAUAUAGACAGACAUGACCCAUUUGCAGCAUUUAUAGCAGCGUGAGCGUGUAUCUAAUAUCCACCAUGAAUAACAAACAAGGAAAAAAGACUGCACUGUAAACAUAAGGCAAUAACUCCCCCACCAAUAUUUCCUUACUCUGCAAAUAUUAAAAUCAAACAAGUGAAAAACCAACUCAUUACUGAUGUUAGGACCAUUUGCAAUAAAUACAAACUUGACCGUGCUUUGUUGCUUCUAGUUCCGGGAGCGAGGAGCCCUUUCCAAAUAUAAGAGGAAUAAAGAAAUCACUUCCCCAGCUGUCGUCAUCUUCCAGCAAAUUGAGCAAGAAUAUUCUGAGCACUACAGAAAAGUCCGUCAAACCCUAGAUGAUGAUCAGCCAUGUAUGUUUUUCAAGAAGGGGCAUGGGGUGACUGAACCUCAUGAGAAAAGCAGCAAUAUGAGUGCUGAUCCAUUUUGGAGUAAAGUACAAGGUUUAAAGAACUCUUCAGGAAAAAGGCAGAAUAAACCCCAAGUCCCCGGCAUUUCUUCCCAGCAGAAAAGCAGCCUUGUAGCUACCUCCCAGCAGGCUGAAAAUGAACCCACAGAAAGCAUUUACCUGGAAGGAAAGCCUGGAAGGAGUCUGCUCAGUCCCAGAUGUCAGGGGGCCUCAGGGAACAAAUUGUUUCUGGACUUCAAGUCCAUGAAAAUUAUUACAGAGGAUGCUGAUGAGGACAGUGGGAGCGAUCUCUCUGACUCGGAGAGAAUUCCUGUCCCCCCUUCUCCUUUCUCGCCUCCGGACCUUCAGCUCAGAGCUGAAGAAAUCAAUCCAGCCUAUUUCCAUCUUUCCCCAGAUCAAGGCCACUCAAAGCCUGAAUACUGUUACCCUGAUUUUCUCCCACCGCCUUUCAACUCCUGGGACCUACAGGAUAUGGCCGUACUUCAGAACUCGGAGGGCAAGACGGCUGCCGUGCCGCGAGUGGGGGGACUUCUGGGGAAGUACAUCGAUCGGCUUCUUCAGCUCGAGUGGCUGCAGAUCCAGACUGUGCAGACUGAGAAAGCCAAGGGGGCCAGAGCAAGGCUGCCAACUGCCCCCGGAACCUUCUGGACCCUGAAAAGCCCUGGGAGAAGUAAACUCAUUGCUGCUGCCCUACCCAAGCCACUACCUCACCAGGAAGGGGCUUCAAAGCCAGGCCCCUCACGAAAGAAGGAUUUGCGCCAGGAAGACACCCAUCCAUCAUAUAUUGCAUUUCAGGCUUCCCCACGACCUACGAACGUGCUGGGUAGCAGCAGGUCCUGUUCAAAGAAGCAGGCCCUUGAAAUGAGGACAGAAGAGAAGAAAAAGAAGGCAAGUAAGAGCACCAAGCUGCAACGUCUGGAUUUGACCUGCAGUGACAGCAGUUCCAAGAUUCACACCAACGGAAACCUCCGAAUCCCCAAACCCUCAGCCAUGAUUCUUGACUCAGCGGACCCCUGUAAGAACCCCAGAACACAAGCACACGCGCAUCUCAAGAAAAAGGGAAAUGCCAAUAACGGCAGUCAUGCCAAUACAUCCAGUGAGAAAAAACUCAAAACCAACGGAGUAAAGCAAAGCACGUACAAAUUCAAAUAACAUCUGAAACGAUGAAUUGCAAAAACCCACGGAUAUUUAAAUAUUAGAGCACUUCCAAAGUUACAAUACUGUGAAUUUUAAGAAAUUUUAUGAUAACUGGCGUUGAUGUAGUUGAUUAGUUCUUUAUUCCACCCACUAUCUCUAACAGCCCUGGUGGCUUAGUGGUUAAGCACUUGGCUGCUAACCGGAAGGUCAGUGGUUCAAAUCCACCAGCCCCUCCUUGGAAACCCAAUGGGGGAGUUCUACUCUGUCCUAUAGGGUUGAUAUGAGUCAGAAUCAACUUGAUGGCAAUGUUUUUUUUUUUUUUUUUUAAAAACCUUUUUAACCCCAACAGGGUGGUUUUCAAAGAUCAGUGCCUUUCAGUAAGACUUUGUUUGUAGUAACAGUCCUAAGCAAAUGAGAGCCCUUUUGAUAAAAAUUAACCGAAGUAGGUGUCAUCUAAGUGAGCAGAAAGACAGCUCUCCAGGCAGAGUCAACUGAGCUUCUCAAGUAGCAGCCUGCCUUUCUCUGCCAAAAGCAGGUAGUGAUGUUUUCUCUCCCAAUUUUCGCUCCCACGUGAGUUUUUUUUUUGUGAGUAGAUUAAACAGUACGUGCGAUUUUCAGUGGGGUAGAAUCCUAAACAUUUGAGAUAGGAGGGGUCCUUGGCCAUCUUCUUCCGCGCUGCCCUGGCUUUUACAUAAACUAUUGAAGCACAAUUUAUGUUCAUUUCACCCCUGAGAGAAGCUUCGCGCUUAAGUUAGGGAGCCGAUAGGGGAGCUUUUAUAUGGCAGUGAAGUCAUUUGUCACUAAACUGCUUUCUCUUUACAGACAGUGGAGUCUAGUGCUUUAAUAUCUUUCCCCAUAGUGGAUGUUCUUGUUUUUGAGAGGUUUUACAUUUAGAGGUGGUUGGCGAAGUCCAUUUUUGAGUUCUCUAAACUGACGUUAAAAUAAUUCACAGGUGUUUUCCAGUUGAAAAGUCGGUGGGUUCAGGUGUGAUCAUUGCUGUUUGGUGGGGGUAAGAGUGAAAUAUUUGACACAGGAGAAUUUCUGGGAUGUGCGGUUCCCUCAAGAAGAGCCACAGAAAAGUCACUUUUCAGAAUUUGUAAAUGAAGAGCCUCUAAUAGGAUAAACGCACAUGGAACCGCUUUGGAUGGGACAGUUAUUAAGUUACAUAUUUGGGGCCUGGGUCCUGAUGUCUUUAGUUAAAAAUAACGAUCCGCGUAGUUUGCAAGAACAGGAUUUAAUGACCGUCUUGUUUUGGGGGGCUGGUGUGAGGACUUCAACGGACAUUUCAGGUUGGAGGGGGGACUUUGAAUCAAGUUAAUGAACGUACUUUUAACACCCUCAUCUGGCCCUCUAGUUUCCUGGCUCUCCUAAAUGCUUAUUUAAUUGCAGUUAAUAACAUCUGCUUGCUUCUCCAGUUGUGUUGUGAGCUUUCUGUUGCUAUUUGCGAAUAGCUUUAAAAAUUUUGGUCAGCUAUUUCUUGAUAUAUGGUAUAUUUUAAUGACUGUAGUUAAUUUUAUCCCUUUAAACAAUUAUUCCAUUUGUUUUUUACAUACACAUUUCUAUUCAUUUUUAUUUUUUUAUCUUUGGGGCAAACAACACUUGACAUUUUUUAUUUGAGAGUAUAUAAUAUUUUGCAAACUUUUCACAUAGUGGUAAACGUCACCCAAGGCCCUUUAGAAGUCACCAGCAUAACAGGACAAAGAAGCAUUUAUAAUUAAAAUAAUGUGCAAAGGGUAGGUGUUAAGAUCCCUUUUAAAAUCUGAAAUUAAUCAUAUGAAGCAAGGUAUGAGAUUUUUUUUGGAUAACCUUUUCUUUCAGGACUAUUUCCAGAUCUUUACAGAUCUCUCUUAUAUCCUUAAUUCCUCCCACCACCCUACUGGGAGAGCCUGCUCUUACAAUGACCCCUUACACCUUUUUAUAUGAGUGAAAGGUGUACAUACAGUAGGCGUUACUCGCAUAAUCCUCAAAUACACUGUAACUUUUUUACUCAGUAGACAAAUGUCCGCGACUCUUGCCUUUCCUUUCUGGGGCUCCUAAGCCCCUUAGUUGGUGAGGGUUGAGUUCACCCAUCAUCUAUGCCUCACUCACACUCUUCCUCUGCUAGACUGGUGUGCAGCUCUUCAUGUAGUUUCCUGGCUGGUAAAUCUCCCAAGCAUGAUGUUAACUGCACUCAUAUUCCUUGUAUUGAAUUAACAGUGAAGGCUUUACACUGAGCUGCUGCCUUUCCCAGGAAUGGGUCCUUGUGGGCACUCUCAGCAGUCUUGAAUGGGUGAGGGUGGCGUGUUGGACUUUUCCUUGCUCUGCAUGCCUUUGAGCUGAAGACCAUUGUGAUCGAGAAAUUUCUAGGCAAUGUCUUGAAUGUUCCUAUGUUUGUUUCUAACUCAUUUAAUUGAUAUUGGUUGCUUAAUUUGGUGGAAACCCUAUGGGGCAGUUCUCCUCUGUCUUACAGAGUCAGUAUGAGUUGGAAUCGACUCUACAGCAACAGGUUUUUUUUGUUUGUUUGUUUUUGGUUUGCUUAAUUUGGGGAAUAGCCUGACAACAUGUUAAGACAGCUUGAAAAGCCUGGAAAAGAGACUUUGCUUGUUUACUUUGUUGCCUCAGGCUGAUCCUGUAUUUUAACCAGUACCAUGUGAUUGGCUUAGAGCUCCUAAUGAGCAGUGUUAGGUAUUUUUUUUAAAUAAAGUUAGGUUUAUUGCAGAAUUUACAUAAGCACAAUGAUUAAUGUUAUGAUUUCUGAUACGCACACCUACCACAUCUUAGUGCAGCAAACACUACAGAGAAUCUUUUUGUAUUUCAAGUAGACAGCUGUGAGGAGUUUAGUCAUGAACUCAUUCAGUUCACUAAAUCAAAGCCACUGAGUGUCCUGACCGUCUAGUGACAUGAGUCAUUGUAUUUCUAAAAAGUACCUCAUUUCCGGGGAGUUGUUUACGUACAUAUUGUAUUUAAACCAAUAAAAACAACCCAUGGUUUUAAAAAAAAAAAAA